GCGCGCGCGGGCGAUAGGCACCUCGGCGGCAUCUGGUGGGAGUGCCCCGCGAUCGCGGCUUUUCAGCCUGCGCCGUCUGACUGCGCUCGGGCUCGCGUCGAGCGUGGCUUUGGGGGCGUCGAUCUUCGUGCAGGAUGCACGCGCAGGCACCGCUGCGACCUCGGGGGCGAACACCGCCAGUAGCAGCAGCAAGAGAAGCGAUCUGCCGCCGACUCCACUCUCCGAGCUUUUCCGGACGUACGUCGUAUUCGCGUUCUGCUCGGUGCCGACGCUGGUGGAGUGGGCCCCGGCGAUACUCGCCGCGCUCACUGCGGUGCCGGGCGUGCGGCAGGUGACGGAGGCGGCCGUGCGCGCGACGUUCUUCGAUCAGUUCGUGGGCGGCGACACGGCCGAGGACGCGUUCCCGCUGAUCGAGGGGCUGCGCGCGCAGAACACGGGGUGCCUGUUCGCGUACAGCGUGGAGGUGGACCAGGCGGAGGCGUCGGGGCACGCGAAGGAGGGUAAGCAUACGGGGGAGGCGGCGGCGCACAAGCAGGUCGUGGCCGAGACGCUGCAUUGCAUCGACGUCGCUGCGGGGUUCGAGGAUAGGUACACGGCGGGGAGCGUGAAGGGCAGGCGGACGUGGGUCGCGAUCAAGCUGGUACGUGCCUCUUGAGAUAUAAUGUGCGUAUUCAUUGGCGCGACGAAUGACUGACGAUGCGGUGGUGCAGAGCGCGAUGGUCCCGAACGCAGAGAUCCUGCGCAAGUUCUCGAAGUACCUCCUGGACACGCGUCCGCAGAUCAGUACUGCCGUCGCGUUUCCCGGAUGCCCGCUUCCGACGGACUUGGACGUGCUGGCUGCGCCCAGCAAGGCCUCUGGACCACUCACGGACGUAGAUAUCGCGGCGCUAAGGGAGCUGCGCGAGGACCUGGUCGCGAUUUGCACGCGCGCGAAGGAGAGAGGGGUGCGGCUUAUAUUCGAUGCCGAGUACAGCUGGUACGAGCCUGCGAUAGAUGCGUUCACCUUGGACAUGAUGCGCAAGUUUAAUAAGCUGCCUGCACGGCCGACAUCAUCGUGGUUUGGUACAAGGAGGCCGGAGCCUGCGACAGUACAGCCACUCAUAUACGCAACCUACCAAGCCUACCUCCGACGGACACCCGAGUAUCUCGCGCAGAGCAUCGCCGCGGCGCGCAAAGAGGGCUACGCGCUCGGUGUAAAGCUCGUGCGCGGGGCGUACCACCCACACGAGCUCGUCGCGCACCCCUCCACGAGCGCGACGGUGGACGCGUCGCUCGCGUCGCCCGCCAUGUCCACCUCGCUCUCGAUCUCGCCCGACCCCGUGCCGCCCGUGUGGACGGCGAAGGCGGACACGGACGCCCGGUACAACGCGGGCGUGCGCGCGCUCGUCGCGGCCGUCAGGGAGGACGUCGCGCGCGGGGGCCAGCUAGGGCUCGGGGUGCUGUUUGGGACGCAUAAUUGGGAGAGCGCGGGGUUGAUCGUGGAUGAGCUCGUUAGGCAGGGACUGGCAGUAAAGGUGGAGGGCGAGGGCGGGGUGGUGGCGGUGGGGGACGAGGUUGCCGAGAGGGUGACGCUUGGGCAGCUGUAUGGUAUGACGGCCGCGCUGACCGGCCACCUCGUCGAUCGGGUCCGCUCCUCGUCGCCCUUCGUCAUCAAGUACAUCCCGUACGGUCGUCUGUCCGAGGUGAUGCCGUAUUUGAGCCGGCGGGCGAUCGAGAACAAGUCGGUGCUGGGUAAUGGCGCAGCGGAGGAUGAGCGCCGCAGGGCGGCGGCGGAGAUCUGGACUCGGAUUAUUGGGUGAGCGCAUUAGUGUAUAGUGUUGUCAUGUUGUAUGUAUGCUUGGGUG